UGAGCGACUAUAAAAAAGAUGCGUUUCGCUUGCAUGCCCAAAGUUACGAUAACUUGCUGUCCCUUUACAGUAGCAAACCUUUUCUUCCAGUAAAAGUAGCCAGCAGUAUGGUGCUCUACAGAUUAUGCCUUUACCGCAUGAAGAACCAGAACUUGGAAGAAGCUCUUUCGUGUUUUCACCAACAACUUCUUUCGGGAUUCUGUACGAACAAGUGCGACAGAGCAUCUUUAUUAUCUUCUAUGGCUCACUAAGCAGUUCGAGGCCUUUGCGGGGCUGUUUGAGGACUGCGCUGAGCAGUAUGGAUUGGAAAAGAUAAUCACGAGACAUCCCGGUUUUUAUUACUUGGAUGGAGCCGCCUACACCCGGAUGUACCAUGAACUUCUGCGCUCGGUCAGGGAGAAGACUGUUACUGAUCGAAAGGAGCUAGCAUUAGCGGUGGGCCUUAUAACAUACGACCAAAACCAUAUAGAAAAGGAAACCCAAACAUUGGCGUACUGCGUGGAGUUGUUGCCUAAGGCACGUGCUCACUUUGAAGGUUUCAAAAGUACGCGGAUGGUGCGUUAUUAUAACUCUCGCGUGGCUUUUCUUUUUCUCCUCAUCAAUCAACAUGAAAGCUCCUACGCCAUUUUUAUGAACCUCUACGACAAGUAUCGAAAAUUUUUCUGGAUCGACUUGGUUCAGGAUCUCCUCCCUCUUCUUUUAAAGUGCGCUGUUUGUUUAAAAGACUAUAACAAUAUUCUUAAGUAUUUGCUGGAGUGUUCCUGUCCUGAACGCCCUGAAAGACGUUUUCGAGGCACAGUCUUGAUGAAAGCUCUUUUUCAUAUAAGGGCUCACUACUUAGCAAAAAAAACAGAAAAGUGCGCUUGAUAGCAGAAGUUUAAGCAUAUUUGAUGAGAGCAUCCUCUUGACUUUUCCACCAACCUCAGUGUCAAUCCACAUGGACGACUGUACUCCGCUGUUUACUUGCGAUGUACAUUUCUCGAAAGAGAAGUGCUCCUCUAAGUACUUGGAAAUCUGCUAUGCGCUAACCUGCUACCUGCACGCCUCGUGGGAGACCUCUUCU